CACGGAGAGGCACGGGCACAGCCCCACACCCGCUGUUCCUAUACGUCUCCCGCUGCCGGUGUUGCCCGCCCCGCUGGGACGCGCGCUUCGGGCUCGCCCGCCGAUUCUGGGCGGGCGCCCAGGUGCUUGCGUCCCGCAGCGCUCCCUACCCGGCCGGCUGGGCACGGCCCUCCCUGUCCUGCCUGCUGGCGUCCCGCGGGCGCGGACUCAAUGGGGACGGGUGGGAGGAUGCGCCUGAGCCGCGUCUGCUGCGUGUUCUACCAGUUGUGCGUGCUGUCAAGCGGGCUUGCCGCAGGUCUCCAUGCUUCAGAAGAAACUGAGGAGUGGGAGAUCAUCUUUCCCGCGUUGUGGAGCAGGGGCCAGCAGGAGCCAGCGGGUGGCAGUGGCGGUGGUGGAGGUUGCAGCCCCGAUCCCGGCUGUGGGAACCGGAGCAGCACACUCACCGACCCUGUCAUUCCUAGCCCAGUGGCUAGCAGUUCCCGGGAGGUGCGUUCAGUCUCCUCCUCUGUGGAGGGGCAGGCACAGGCUGUGGGGGAGGCGGCAGAGGAAGAGUACACUGAGGAUGAGUAUGAGUCUCAGGAGUUUUAUCACUGGUCCCCUCUGCCCCAGGGGUCUGGUGCUGCUUCUCAGUUGCCACCACCACCGUCAUCCCCGCUGCCACCUCCAGCAGAGGAUGGAGAUGAGGUGCUGCUGCGGAUCCCAGCUUUUGCUCGGGAGCUCUACCUGCUGCUCAAGAGGGACAGCCGCUUCCUUGCUCCUGGCUUUGCCGUGGAGGAGAGGAUUAGGGGUGAGGGCAGAAGCCCAUCAAGUGCUGCACAGUUGCAACCUGAGAGAGCUUGUUACUACAGUGGUGCCGUCCUCCGCUACCCGGGCUCCUUCGCCUCCUUCAGUACCUGUGGUGGAUUGAUGGGGUUUAUACAGAUUAAUGAGGACUUCAUAUUUAUUGAGCCACUCAAUCACACUUUGGCUGUGACAGGUCAUGCACACAGGGUGUACAGACGAAAAAGGUCCACAGAGGAGAAAAUUUCUGAAAAGACAACCUCUCAGAAUCAGUACUGUGGUGUUGUUACAGAUAAAAGAAAAUCCAAGAAUCAAAAAGGAUCAGAAAAUAGAAGAGGAAAACGAUACUCUUACAAGUUACCUCAGGAGUACAAUAUAGAAACUGUUGUGGUGGCAGACCCAGCUAUGGUUUCGUAUCAUGGAACAGAUGCUGCCAGAAGAUUUAUUCUAACCAUCUUAAACAUGGUUUUUAACCUUUUCCAGCAUAAGAGCCUUGGGCUUCAAGUAAAUCUUCGUGUGACAAAACUUGUCCUCCUUCAUGAGACUCCAACAGAUAUGUAUAUUGGACAUCAUGGGGAAAAAAUGCUGGAAAGCUUCUGCAAAUGGCAACAUGAAGAAUUUGGCAAGAAGAAUGAUAUACACUUAGAAAUGUCAACAAGCUGGGGAGAAGACACAUCUUCAGUGGAUGCAGCCAUACUGAUAACAAGGAAGGAUUUCUGUGUGCAUAAAGAUGAACCAUGUGAUACUGUUGGUAUAGCAUAUCUGAGUGGAAUGUGCAGUGAUAAACGAAAAUGUAUAAUUGCGGAGGACAAUGGUCUGAAUCUCGCUUUUACCAUCGCCCAUGAAAUGGGUCACAACAUGGGGAUAAACCACGACAAUGACCACCCGUCCUGUGCAGAUGGUCUCCAUAUCAUGUCUGGGGAGUGGAUUAAAGGACAGAAUCUUGGAGAUGUUUCCUGGUCCCGGUGCAGCAGGGAGGAUCUGGAAAGAUUUCUCAGGUCAAAGGCCAGUAACUGUCUGCUACAGACGAAUCCUCAGAGCCUCAAUUCUGUGAUUAUUCCCUCCAAGCUUCCAGGAAUGACAUACACUACAGAUGAACAGUGUCAGAUUCUUUUUGGACCAACUGCUUCCUUUUGCCAAGAAAUGCAACAUGUCAUUUGCACUGGGUUGUGGUGUAAGGUGGAAAGUGAGAGUGAAUGCAAGACUAAACUGGAUCCACCAAUGGAUGGAACAGAUUGUGACACUGGAAAGUGGUGUAAGGCUGGAGAGUGCAUCAAUCGGACCUCUUUUGUGGAGCAUACAGAGGGAGAGUGGAGCGCGUGGAGCACUUGCAGUCGCACCUGCGACACUGGAGUCAGCAGUCGGCAGCGCAAAUGUCCUGGUUCAGGGCUUGAAGGAGAGUGUCAUGGUCCCACAAUGCAGUAUAGAGUAUGUGAAAAUCCUUCUUGUCCUGCUGGCAUGCCUGCCUUCAGGGACUGGCAGUGCCAUGCUUUCAGUGUCAGAUCUUCCUAUCAGAAGCACAUGCACCAGUGGCAGGCUGUCAUCAAUGAUGAAAAGCCAUGUGCCUUAUUUUGUUCGCCGUCUGGAAAAGAUCAAGCCAUUCUUCUAAUAGAAAAAGUGAUGGAUGGGACUUCUUGUGGCCAGCAUGGGUUAGAUGUCUGUGCAGAUGGUAAAUGCCAGAAAUUUGGAUGUGAUGGCAUAUUAGGAUCUCUGGCUCGAGAAGAUCAUUGUGGUGUGUGCAACGGUAAUGGAAAAUCAUGCAAAGUUAUUAAAGGUGACUUUAACCAUACCAGAGGAGCAGGUUAUGUGGAAGCUUUGGUGAUACCUGCAGGAGCAAGGAGAAUCAAAGUUGUAGAAGAAAAACCUGCUCACAGUUAUUUAGCUCUACGAGAUUCUGGAAAACAGUCAAUCAAUAGUGACUGGAAGAUAGAGCAUUCAGGAAUGUUCAAUAUCGCUGGGACCACUGUCCAUUAUGUUCGGAGAGGUCUCUGGGAGAAGAUAUCAGCCAAAGGUCCCACGACUUCACCUUUACAUUUACUGGUGUUGCUCUUCCAUGACCAGAGCUAUGGUCUACACUAUGAGUACACAAUCCCACUGGAUCCUCUUCCUGAAAAUCAAAGUUCUAAAGUUCCAGAGCCUCUUUUCAUGUGGACUCACUCAGGCUGGGAGGACUGCGAUGCUGUAUGUGGAGGAGGAGAAAGAAAGACAACAGUCUCUUGCACAAAGAUUAUGGACAAGAAUAUCAGUCUUGUGGACAACAAGAAGUGCAAAUACUUAACAAAACCUGAACCACAGAUCCGCAAGUGCAAUGAGCAACCGUGCCAGACCAGAUGGAUGAUGACAGAGUGGACUCCAUGUUCAAGGACAUGUGGAAAAGGAACCCAGAACAGACAAGUGGCCUGCACACAGCAGCUCAGAAAUGGGACCCUGAUCAGAGCUAGGGAAAGGGAUUGUCUUGGACCCAAGCCCACUUCAGCACAACGCUGUGAAGGCCAGGACUGCAUGACUGUGUGGGAAGCAGGAGUCUGGUCUGAGUGCUCUGUAAAGUGUGGUAAGGGAGUACGUCAUCGGACUGUGAGGUGCACCAAUCCCCGCAAGAAGUGUAUUUUGUCCACAAGACCUAAAGAAGCAGAGGACUGUGAAGACUAUUCCAAAUGUUACAUCUGGAGAACGGGAGACUGGUCUAAGUGCUCCGUCAGCUGCGGCAAAGGGAUGCAGUCCCGAGUCAUUCAGUGCAUGCACAAGAUCACAGGAAGGCAUGGAAAUGAGUGCUUUUCCUCAGAAAAGCCUGCAGCCUACAGACCUUGUCAUCUCCACCCAUGCAAUGAGAAAAUUAAUGUCAAUACAAUAACAUCACCUAGGUUAGCUGCUUUGACAUUCAAGUGCCUGGGAGACCAGUGGCCUGUAUACUGCAGGGUGAUAAGAGAGAAGAACCUCUGUCAAGACAUGAGGUGGUAUCAGCGGUGCUGUGAGACUUGCAGGGACUUUUAUGCGCAAAAAAUGCAACAGAAAAGUUGACCUCUAUCAGACUGGCUGGCUCUUCACUCUUUGCAAUCUUACUAUUUAUAAACACACUUGUUCACACACACAGACACAAACACACACUCUUCUUCAGGCCAAAUAUUACAUAUUACAGAUUACCUAUAAUUUAAUCAAAGUAAUUUAUUUUUGCCUGCCAGACAUUCUUAAUCGUUUUGAUUAGUCAGCCAACUUGUUUUAUCUUCUGAAAUUUGCAUAAUUAAUUCUUAUAGGAACACUUUUGGAUACAUUUAUCAGAAUGUUUAUGAAAUAGUAACUAGUAUUUUAAAUGUUUAUUUUCAGUAGGGUCAUGUCUCUGUUGCCAAAAAGAAAAGAAAAGAAAAUAUAAGAAAAAAAAAGAAAAAGGAAAAAAAAAAGUCAUGCUAUCUUGAAUUUAUUUUAAUUUAGCUGAAUAGCUUUGUUGUAUAUGGAAACAAAGCUCAUUUUAUUACAUUUUUGGAAUUCAAAGUCAGAAUGAUCUUGUGUAUUUUGCAACAGAUGUUGAGGUGAGUAAGCUAACAUUAUUGAAUAGGUUAUUACAGAAUGUAUUGUGAAAUCAGUUAAUUUGAUUUAGAAACUAAAGGGGAUAAUCUACUGUAACUUAUAAACAAGAAUAUUAAGAUAGCUAAGUAGGAAUUUUGAUCAUUCUCAUGGACACAUACUUGAACACAGAUAUUAAAUCAAUGAAACACUGUAGAGAUUUACACUGAAUCACUGUUGCACUGUUUGAGGUAGUGUAGAGAAAUGCAGUUCUAGAACUUGUACCAUCCUAUGAGUCCACCUCUGUACUGUUUUAACACGUCACUUGAUUUUAAAUGUUUUGAAGCAAAAGACUUAUGCCCCUCUAUACCUUUGUGUGUCCUUCUGCAGAUUUAUGAAUGGAAGAGUCCUUCCUCCUACCACUUCUAUAAAUGAAUCUGAUUAAUAUUUUCAGUUCUCUGUGGAUGAUAUAGAAAAUAGCAUUGUAAUACUACUUUAGUUUUAUCUUUGUUGUAUGAAAAAGUCUUUAUAAAAAUUAAAUGUUUUACAGUGUUGUGAAACGUUAUGAACAGCUAAAAUUUUCCUUAUGAGAAAAUAUUGUACAUGAUU